CUUAAAUUAUUGAGGGAGCAGUGUAAGGAGAGGGGAAGAAAAACAAUCUGACUCUGUCUUUUCUCUCUCUCUCAUAGAAAGUGGUGGAAGAGAAGAUGCCGAGGCCAGGGCCAAGACCGUACGACUGUAUCAGAAGAGCUUGGCACAGUGACACACACCAACCCAUGAGGGGUUUGCUCAUCCAAGAGAUUUUCAGGAUUGUUUGUGAGAUUCACAGCCAAUCCACCAAGAAGAACACAGAAUGGCAAGAGAAGCUCCCUGUGGUUGUCUUGAGAGCUGAAGAAAUCAUGUAUUCCAAAGCCAAUUCUGAGGCUGAGUAUAUGGACAUGAAUACACUUUUGGACCGUGCAAACGACGCCAUUAACACCAUAAUCCGACUCGAUGAAACCACUGAAACUGGGGAGUUUCUUCAGCCUUGUAUUGAAGCUGCAUUGCAUUUGGGCUGCACGCCAAGAAGAGCUUCAAGAAGCCAAAGGAACAUAAACCCGAGACGUUAUCUUAGCCAAGACUCAACUAAGUUGGACAACAUUAUGUCGCCGCAAUACCAAGUCUUCAUGAAACAGAACAACUUUGCUCCAAAGACUCUUCCGGUUAUGAGUUUUCACAACGAUGUUCAGAUCAAGAAAUGCCCUGUCUCCAAACACUCAAGCUACCCUUUAUGCUAUUCACUCAGAGUUCCUUCUUUGCCAGUCUCUAACAAUGUCACUGACUCGUGCAAGUCCGACAAGAACAGGAGAGAGGUAAGUGUGAAUGCAAGUAAUGGCAUUACCUUUGGUGGUUGUGAUCUAUCUCUGCGCUUAGGCCCUCUUGGAGAUGAUAUCAUAUCUCCUACUCAAAAACGGAGUAAGAUAAACAGCAACAACAACAAAGGCUAAAAAAUCAGAACAGAACUGUGUUUUGAUUAGCUAGUCAGUCUUGUGUUAUAGAAUGCGUCUUAGUUAGCUCUUUUAGUUCCUCUGUAGUUUUUAGGGUUCUUUACAUGUAAAUAGAGAGAGAGAGAGAGAGAGAGAGAGAGAGAGAGCAUGAUGAAAACAGAACAGUUCUUCUUCUUCUUGCAUUAAUAUCGAAUCUUCAAAAUUCAUGAACAA